AUGUAGGUCACAUUCUUUUAUUUCAUAAUGGAGGCAAUUCAAACAUUUUGAUAUGCCUGGACCAUGUAGGUCCUAACUUCAGUGAUAGAAGUAUAUAAGCACGAAUUAUCGGUUACGGGGCAGUUCAGUUUGGACUUGAAUAUUCGACGUUACAAACAUGAUUUCAAAGGUUUUAGCCCUCACAGCAUUCAUUGCCUUUGCCCACGCAGGACUUCUUCAGGUAGCUCCUGUUUCUCACGGCUACGCAUCUCCUCACCAUGUCGAAGACUACUAUGCACACCCCAAAUACGAAUUCAACUACGGAGUACAGGAUGGCCACACUGGAGACCACAAAUCCCAACAUGAACAACGUGACGGUGAUGUCGUCAAGGGAUACUACACCGUGGCUGAACCCGAUGGUACCCUUCGUACUGUUCACUACACCGCUGAUGACCACAAUGGUUUCAACGCAGUGGUAGAGAAAUCUGGACACCCAGUACACCCCGCACCAGCACCUGUUCAUGGAAAGGUUUUGUUUGCUGCCCCAGUACAUGCUGCACCAGUACAUCAUGCUGCUCCAACCUUCUACCAUAAUUAGAGGUCACA